CUUUAAAUCCCAGAAGGACUGCUUUGGUGAAAUGAGUGAUAUUGAGGAUGAUAGCUUCAAUCCUGUUGUUAGUAGAACUAAUCAAACAUGCAGAAUCAAUAUACUUGAAGAGAUCAUUGAAGAUGCUAAAAGUAACAAGAAAAUUUUGUUUCAGACCAUGGAGUCUAUUAUGAACUUGAUGAAAGAAGUUGAACUCGAAGAGGCAGCUGCAGAACAAGCAAAAGAGGAAGCUGCAAGUGGGGCAUGGAAAUUCUCCUCAAGGUGGAGGAACUUAAACAGAUGCUGCCACAUGCAAAGGAAGCAAAUGACAUGCAUGCAGAAGUAUAUGGGGAGAAGGCAAUCCUAGUCACUGAAGUAAAGGAGCUUGAAAAUCGCUUACUCAGCUUAUCAGAUGAAAGAGAUAAAUCUCUUUCCAUUCUUGAUGAGAUGCGUCGAACCCUCAAAGCUCGACAAUUUGCUGCACAGGAGUUGAUGAGAGCAGCAGUGCAGGAAAAACUGGAAAAAGAAGAAUCUGCUCGUAAUGCUCUUGCUGAACAAGAACCAUUAUGGUGGGGGUGGUUGAAGAGUCCACGAUUCAAAGGCAGGAGGCGGAAGAAAAUUCCAAGGGUAGAAAUUUCUGUUAUUUGUGAGGAUAUACGAGUGCUUAAACAGAGGUUUGAUGAGCGCAUUCUAUUUAGUAAAUCAAUAUCCUCAAGCCAAACCAGCUGCAUCCUGGCCUCCUCCGGUUCAUCUCUGAAAAGUGCCACAUCAGAUCUUGGUUCCGGGCAGUGGGAAACAGCUAAAACCCCAAAGAAAAGAAGCCUGACACCAUCUGUUGAUGGACAAUCACCCAAAAGCAGAUCAUCAGAUGAAAGAAACAAAGCUGAUGGCAAAGAACUGUCGGAUGAUGGAUGGGGAAUUUUUGACAGAGACGCUGAAUUCUGA